UUCGCGUUGGAAGUAUCACUAACACUCUUUAGUCAGUCAAAUUUUAUCAUAUAUUUACAAAAAUCAUAAAGAGCUUUUCAAAUAAGUUUACCAUGGAAUACUGGUCUAUAUUGUUAUCGAUAGUGAUCGGUGUGAUCAGCAUUUAUUAUCUUUUCAGAAAUUUUAAUUUCUUUAAAAGACAUGGUGUGAUCCAUGUACCGCCCGUUCCAAUAUUCGGAUCCAUGAUAUCGGUUAUAUUUAAUCGAAUGUCAUUCUUCGAUUUUAUCUUCAAGAUGUACAAUUUUAAUCCAGACGCAAAGUAUUUUGGAAUCUACGUCACGACAAAUCCAAUCUUCUUGCUUCGUGAUCCGGAACUCAUUAAGACUAUCCUUGUUAAAAAUUUCGACGCAUUUCCAAAUCGUCGUGGUUUUAACGAAUUGAAUCAACCUUUACUUGCGAAAAAUUUGUUUUCUCUUCGCGGAGAAAAAUGGCGGAACGUGAGAACUCUGUUGAGUCCUUCUUUUACAUCCAGCAAAAUGAAAAUGAUGUUCACAUUGAUGUCGGAAUGUGCUGUAGAUUUUGCUAAAUUUCUGUCGACAUUGCCAGCGGAUAAAAGUGAUAUGAACAUGAAAGAUGCCUUUUCUAAAUAUACGAAUGAUGUCAUCGCCACAUGUGCCUUCGGAAUCAAGAUCAACUCUAUGAAAGAUCCAACGAACAAGUUCUAUGUUUACGGCAAGGAAGCGACUAGUUUCUUAGGGAGUCGCAGUCUGAAAUUUAUUUUUCUUAGAACUUUUCCAAGUCUUGGACGAAUUCUCAAUUUAAAGCUUAUAAACGAUUAUGUGUUAAACUUCUUCAAGGAUAUUAUAAAGACUACAAUUGCCACUCGUGAUACGGAACACAUUACACGUCCGGAUAUGCUACAAUUAAUGAUGGAUAUCAGAGGUAAAGAAAGUCAUAGAGAACUAGAUAUCGACGACAUGACUGCGCAAGCGUUCGUCUUUUUCUUUGGUGGCUUCGAAACAAGUUCAACCGCGAUAUCCUUCGCAGCUCAUGAAAUCGCAGCUAAUCCAGAAGUUCAAAACAAAUUACAACAAGAGAUCGACAAGGUUUUGGAGGAAUCGAACGGAAAAGUGUCUUACGAAGCUAUUAAUCGGCUCGAAUAUUUAGAUGCGGUGAUAAACGAGGUUCUCAGAUUAUAUCCACCAGUCACUUUCUUAGAAAGAACGUGCGAGAAAACGUAUGAAUUACCACCCGCAUUGCCGGACGAGAAACCUUUUACCAUGAAGAAGGGUAUGACUUUUUGGAUUCCGAUUUUCGCAAUUCAUCGUGAUAAAAAGUAUUAUGAUAAUCCGGAAAAAUUUGAUCCAGAAAGAUUUUUAAACAACCAAAUGCACAAUUCUUUGUAUUAUAUGCCAUUCGGAUUAGGACCAAGAAUGUGCAUAGCUAACAGGUUUGCCCUGUUGGAAGUCAAAAUCUUGCUGUUUCAUUUAUUAGCGCGAUGUGAACUGAAAUUUUCCAUGAAAACUACAUCUCCAAUAAAACUCAGCAAAACUCUGGUGAUGAUGCCGGAAAAUGGAUUCUGGUUGAACAUUCAGCGUAGAAAAGAUAUGCAUCCUGUGCUGGAGUCUAUACAGUAAUGGAUAUAUAGCUAAGUUUUAUAAAAUGUUUCAAAUG